AAUCAGAAAAUAGGAUAAAUAUCAUUUGAAAUGUGUCACCCUGACACUGUACGCACAUAAAUUACGCAAACAUCGUAUCAAAAUAGAUCUAAAUCGUGUUUAUUAUAAAUGUUCUGACUAAUAAAUUCUACAAACUUUCACAUGGUUCAUUUAAGCACUUACAACUGCAUUUUUCUUCAGAAAUAAAAAAAAAUAGCAUAGGUGUACUGAAAAUUCGACAUUUUUUUAAAAUGACCCACAUAUCGAUAAACUGAAAUUAGGGUAGAAUAUGAUACGUGCGUUGGCAGGUUUCCUGAGCAGUACACAUUAAAUCACUGAAGUAAAACCAUUGUCAUUGAUUUAAAUACAAUCCUGUGGUAACCGUAAUGUCAUUACAUUAUGUUAUGUUCUAUAUUUAAACUAUUCAACAAAACGUUACUUUCGAUUCUGCAUUGCAUUUCUUGUGACUAACCUGAAUGCUUGUGAAUAAACCGAAUGAGUAAAUAAUGCAGAGAAGACUUGCGGAUAACAUAACAUCUGAUAAUUUAUCUUGUCCUAUAUGUAGAGACACUUUAAAAGACCCAAAGCUAUUACCCUGUGACCAUACGAUAUGUUGUGAAUGUUUGACCCAGUUGAUAUAUUCAACAAGACGUUUUAACAAAGUCACGUGCCCUGUGGACCGACGAGAGAUAACAGUGCCAUCUUAUACAAUAUCAGCAGAAGAAUGGGCUAAUUCCUUUCCAACAGACGAUUUAGCUCUAGUGUUAUUACAAGCUAUCUCGGGUGAUGUUAAAAAGGAAGCAAACUCUAAAAAUGGUAUACCUUGUCUCGAACACCCUCAGAAUGUUUGUGACUUUUUCUGUUUCAGGUGUUAUCAGAUUAUAUGUUCCGAGUGUGCUGUUGACACACAUAGGAGUUUCGACUGUGAUUGCAAAAAUUUCAAAAAAUGUGCCGACUUAGCAAGAGAGAAAUUGAGAAAUUCGUAUGACGAAAUAGAAAAUCUAAUUAGCUACGGACAGGGCAUCGUUACUAAUUAUAAAGAGAUCGGAAAAGAUCAACUCCUAAUGCAAUCAAGACAGCAAAUUAAAACUACUGUUUUUAAAUUGAAGAGCAUCGUUCAUGAUUUCGAGAAAAGGGUAAAUCGAAAGAGUUUGGACAUUUUGAACAAAGUUGAAAGCGUUGUAAACGUAGAACAACUGCAGAAAAAAACGGAAGGAAUCGUUAGAGAAUUAAAAAGAGUCCGUGGUGACAUAGAAUAUUCCAAAUCUCAAACUUCAACCGAGGGUAUGUUGACCGUUUUAUCAAAAAUCCCCGACAGUCUGCAGAAAAAUACAGAUCUGCUAAAUUCCCUUGGAGUAUCACAUGAUCCAAUUUUGAUAAAACUUGAACUAAACGAAAUGUUUCUGGAAUUGUGUGACUUACUUGUUGAUCAACCGAUUGGAACAGUUCACGUUCUGCCUGCUGAUUCCUUAGAUUUUGAAGAUACAGAGGCCACAGUUUGCAGUCGGAGAGUCAAAUUUUCAUCAGACGUUUUACCUUCUCGAGCACUGGAACUUGAAACGUUCCUCGAGAUUAAAGUUGAACCAAGUGGACAAGAGAACAAAAUAACCGCGAGAUUUACAGGUUUAAUUCUUUACGGACAUGCGAUAAUUGCGAUAGACAAUGCAAACUUUAAGGUACAAAGAUUCCGAGUCACUGUCAAAGAACAGUUUAUUGAUGAAAUUUCAAUUCAAGGUGUAUACGAUAUUACAAAUAUUCAUGACAACGACGAUGUUUUAGUUACUGCCCCUGGGAAACGGUCGUGUCUCUUCCGUUUGUCAACUUACAAAAGUUUGAGCAUAAUUUCGAAAACUGUAACUGAUAAGGCCUAUUAUAAUAUUUCACGUUUGCCAGAAUAUGCGUACGCAGUUAUUUGUCAUUCAAGUCCAAGUGACGCUUCAAAAAAGAAGAUCAGUUUUGAAUGGUCACGUGGGGUAACGUCACAUAUUGACAUUAUCAACGUCGAUGGAAAUGUUUUAAAACAUUUUAGUGAGUCUUUUCUUUGUGAACCAACCGAGUUCGGUUAUCCUUUCAUUAUGCCUCUAAAAAAUAUGUGUUGUCUUCCAAAUGGGGCUAUAGUGGUUAGCAUUGAAACAAAAACAAACAACUUUAUUUCUUGCAUUAACAAAAACGGACGCGUCAAAUGGACAUACAAUUUAUAUGACACCCCAGAAGGCGUUUGUUUUUAUGAUGGCAGAAUAUUGGUAUUCUUACGCAAGUCUAAAGUAGUACGUGUUCUAUCAGUUGAGGGUGAUUUGAAACCAGUGUCAACAUUAAGACUUUCUAACUACUUUGGUGACGGGAAUAGUUUAAUCGUUUGCAGAAAUCUUUUGACCGUGAUAGACAAAACUGAUUUAAUAAAAAUAUAUAAAUUACAAUGAUAGAAAUGAAUAAAACGUUUUUUUUUUUGCUUAUGUGAAGGCAUUGUAGUUUUGCAAAACUGCAGUGUAACGUCCAACUUUUAUAUUUUACUUCAACUCACAAAAAGUUCGAAUUUUUAUAGCUUCAUUUAUUAUAGAAAGGCGUUUUUCCUGUGUACUUGAAUAUGACAGACAAUAACAGAGGACAGAAAAUGGGAUUUGAAAUUAUAAGCAAUAAUGACAUAAAAAUAUAACUUAAAAAAAAAUGUUGGACUCGAAAUACUACAAUGUUAAUUACAGUUUCUAUCAAACUAUUUAUAUAAUGGAUAUGCUCCAAUGUAUGACUGUUAUGCAAUCGUCUCUGUGCCAUCAUGAAAAAGAAAUUGUCCUCCCCUCCCCUAAACACUCAUUGUUCUCAAAUGAAAUGUUUGACCCAUAAAGACCAUGCGUCUUUGAAAUUUUAUAAUUAUAUCAUGUAUAUAGUGACCAAAAAGCUCAAAAUUUAUUGACAAAUUUCUGAUAAAAAAUCGUCCUUAUCUGCAUUUGUUCAAUUCUGGUUUUCCGAAAAGGACAUUAUGAGUUUUUUCCUGGUGUUCACGUAGGUCAUGGUUAAGUCUGGAUAUCAGACUUCAAACUUAUCUGUGUAAAUAUCUAAUCAUGAUGAUGAUGUAUGAAUAAUAUUAUUUUUAUCAUUAUUAUUAUGAAUACUAAUUUAUCAACAACUUGAUGUUCACUAACAUGUUACACAUAUAUAUUGUUAUGCAAUAACAUUUAUUAGUGAUAUCAAUAACUCAUUUAUGAACAUGUUGAUAAUAAAUCAUUCCUAUCAAUAUAAAGUGAGUUAUUUCCACAAUGGCUGGCCAUAAUACAGUACUACCGUUGUCUAAAUAUUUAAGAAAAUUCAAAAUGUGUUUUAUGAUUUCAGUAAACUACCAUUUUGCAAAUAUAAAAGAAGUCAUUUUUCAUGAAUCUAAAAAGGCGCCAACCAAGAUAUUAAUGUCCUUAUGUGUGGCUUUUUAUGCAUAUUGAAAUAAUGUGUGUGUAAAUUUUAAAUCAAGCGAUCUGUUUUCCUGAAUUGUUUUUAUAAUUGAUAGAAUUUAAAAUAUAAUCAUAAUACAAUGGUGUCAGUACUAAUUUGUUCAAAAAGCAAGAAUGUUAACCAGUUUUGCAAUAUUUUAUCAAAAAAUCAAAAUUGAAAACAAAAGAUAGAUAUGUAAUAAUGUGAGACUCUUGUAUGAUUUCCUCCUCGAGAGUAUCAUCAGCCCAGUAGUCAGCACUUAUGUGUUGACAAGUAUUAUCAUCUUAAAUUAACUGUUAAGUUUUUCUUACCAAGGAAUAGAUUACCUCAGCUGUAUUUGGCAACACCUUGCGGAAUUUUGGGUCCUAAAUACUCGUCAACUUUGUACUAUUUUUGGCCUUUUAUUUUUUUUUUUACGUUCUAGCGUCAAUGGUGAGUCUUUUAUAUACGAAACGUGCGUCGUACAAAAUUGUAAUCAUGGUAUACAUGAUGAUUUUAUGAAGGUACUUCAAGAUUUCAUUGAACAAACGAUUUGAUAUUGAUGAACAAGUUAUGUGAACUUAACACUUUUCGUUAGUGUUUACCCAAAUUCAUUAUUGUGAAUGGUUAUUAGACACUGAAAUUUGAGGAUGAAACACAUUAAAACAGCUAAAUAUAAAAUCGGUGUUUCAGUUUUAGUUACUGCCAAUUUGUUAUUUUUUACGUUUAUUCGAACGAUAUUUGUUUCUUCGAAAAUAAAUAAAAUUACUUGAUCUUCUCAGAAGUAA